GUGAAAUCAGUCCGCGGACUCGGACAACAUAUAGUCCUCUGUUUUCAACUGAAAAUGAUCGAAAGAAAAAACUAAAUCAUACUGGACUGGAUGCAUCGCUGCGGGAAUAUUUUAAAAGCGGAUCUGUCCAACUGCUGAAAUCUUUGUGCGACCUCUGGAGUACUUUCCUCACUGGCGUAAAGUGAGUGACGAGUCCGAUUCCGAGCAAAGGAGCGAGAACUUGCUUUGCGGUCUGAGUAGUUCUUCUUUCGAUUGUUAUUGUCGCUUUUUAAAUAUUCUUUAUAUCUCGGAAACUUCGCCGCGAUUGCUUCGAAAGUAUACGAAAAGUGCUUUGGAGUCAAACCAUGGAACUACAAGGCCUGCAAGAGGCGUUGAAAGUAGAAAUUCAGUGUCAUCAGCUGGCCGUCAGGAACGCCAAGCCCCUCUCCCUCAUCAAGUCCAGCCAGGCCAUCGCCACGACGCCGGCGAAGGCUCCCGUCUCCAUGGUGACCACGCACGCGAACGGGCAGAAGGCCCUGGGCCCCGAGCCGCCGCAGAAACCUGCCGCCGGCCUCCUGACCGCGAGCGUAGCGCCCGGGAGCGGCCCGCCCGCCAGCCGGAGAGCCGGGGAACCGCCGCACUCUCAGAUGCUGGGACAUCCCACAGCUGGGCCCAUUAAGGUGCCUCAGGUCCACUCCCUGACCCGCCUGCCAGUGCAGAAGCCCACGGUGCUACCUCAGGUUCGGCCAAAGACCCUGAUCCCAGACGGCCUCCCCCACAGCCCCGCCCCCGCGCAGCUGGCCAACGGGCUGGCCCAUCCCCAGACUCCGCCCCCCUCCGGCGCCGACCCCGCGCAGCUGGCCAACGGGCUGGCCCAUCCCCAGACUCCGCCCCCCACCGCCGCCACCUCCACCCCCGCCCAGAUCAGCGGGGCGGGCGUGGCCUACGCCAUCAUCUCCACUUCUCCCGCGGGUCCCGCGUCCGUCGCCAAGGAGACCAUGGAGGUGCAUCCGCUGCUCUUGAGUCCCGACAGCAAGGUGAUCAUUAUCCAGCCCCAGGGUCCUAGUGCCUCCCAAAUCUCCCCCGAGCCAGAGGCCGGCAGCCCUGACCAGGAGACCACGCCCAUACUAUCUCCUCCAGCCAAUGAGAAGAGUGAGGAGGACCAGGAGAAAAUAACGUUCAUGGUCGCUCUCGGCCUCGUGACCACAGAACAUCUGGAAGAGAUCCAGAGCAAGAGACAGGAGAGGAAGAGGCGGACCACGGCCAAUCCGGCCUACAGUGGCCUGUUUGAGCCUGAGCGGAAGAGACUCAUGGCGCAUUAUCUGAACAGCCAACUAUUCCCGCCUGCGAGAGACACUGAGGAUCUGUACUGGAAGGAGGACUUGGCGGCUGACGAGCACUGUGCCGUGUGUAAGGAGGACGGAGAGCUGCAGCCGUGCCACGGCUGUGCCCGCGCCUACCACCCCGCCUGCCUGCACCCGCCCCUCCGGACCCCGCCCACGGGCGCGUGGCACUGCCCCUCCUGCCAGAGGAAGGUACUAAACAAAGAUGAUACGCCUUGGACACAGAAUUUCAUCCAGUCAUACUUAACACACAAAACAGUACGGCAGGAGGAGAGAAGGAGACUGAGGAAGAGGAACAGCGAGCUGAAGAAAGAGUACACGCUCGUGGAAGAGCAGGACCAGCAGCUUACCCAGGCCCUAGCGAAAUGCGUGGAUCUGAAGCACAGCCUUCUGGGACGGCAGAAGGACACGCGGGCCUCCCUGGAGCGGCUGAAGGCCCUGAUCCGCCUCAUCCAGCGCGACCAAGUCAUCCAGGUCACCAUGAUGGCCACCACCACCUCCACUGGCACCUCGCUGCUCUCCCUGCCCUGGAUCAAACCCACCAGCACAGCGCACCCUGCUGGCGGCACCAUGCUACUGCAGAAGAGCCUGCCCCAGAAGCAGAGCAACAACUGACCCACCCAAACUGCCCCCUCCGUCACCCCCCUGACCACCGUGAGCCUGGCGGCAAACCCGCCGAAACGCUGGUCAUCACCUGCAUAAUCUCGACAACAACGAAACAACAACAACUUUCUUUUUUAAAAAGUACCAUUGAAGGUAUUGUCUGAACAAAACACCGCUGUUCACCCGGUGAGGUUUCCGAGGAGCCAUUACAGAAAAACACACGCGGCGUACAACUACUCCUGCCUAAGUAAUAUUUUUUUAAACCCAACACCUUCAGUGCUUAUGAGAUUUUUUUACUCAUUGUUUUUAUUAUUUCUUAUUUCUUAAUGUACUUGGCCUUAAUGUAUUUAUGAAUAUAAAAGAAUGCCACAGAUUUAUGAAAAUAAGUGUUCUGUGAGGCGAUUGUUUUUUUUGUUUUUCUUUUUUUACAAGGGUAAUAAGAACUGCUUUGAAUACAAUACGGGAGAAAGGAAUGACUUUUUAUGGUAGUUGCAAAUAAACGGCAGAACAGAAAAGGACUAUACAUUGAUAUCUGAGAAGCUCAUUCUUAUUCUCCCAUGAACAGUGUUUGCCAUAUGAAUUCAGGUAAAAGAGCUUGUUCACUGUAUAUGUAUGAACCUUAUGAGCCUUCAAACAAAAUAGAGAAUAACGUUUCACAGUAUUAAUAUAGUUGAAAUUGGAAAAAAGAAUUUAAAGAAGCUAAAGAAUUUACAUUUUUUUGUGUGAAGAGUUUAGUAUUUUCAAUGCCUGUUGAUAAUGCAAAAAAGAGUUUUUGAAGGAUCUUUGAAGGUCUUUGUACAGAUGUUGUGUUGUUUUUCGCUGUUCUUUCUAUCUUCUGUCUUUUUCAACAUUAGUGAAUCACACACUCACAUGGUGUUAAAGUAUACAUCUCCAACGAGCUGAACACCAUUUAUUCUUCCAUUCUUAUAUUUCACUUUCAUUCAUCAGUAUUGAAAAUAUGCCAAAAAUGUACAAUUUUUUUACAUUUUUAAAACAUUUUUGCUACCAUGCCAAGCUUUAAUUUCACCCCUAAAGACAUUGCCUUUUUAUCAAUGAAAGACAAGAGAGAUGCUGAAUGGUGUAAACAACUUUUAAAGUGUUCAGCGACGUUCAGAGACGGCUUGAUUUGUGUGUUUUGAUUUGUCUUGGAGGGAUUUUAAAUGCAGACCAGUGGAUUUCUGUAGCCCGGGAUCCUGCGAAACCGAGGCUUCUGGGACGCAGAAGAGCAGAUCUCACCCCCGGGCUCUGGCACAAACUGCUGGAACAGCUUCCCUGGGCCCAGAAAGGUAGCAUGCUACUCGACAACUAAAGCUGUUAUGGUAUAGUUAUUUAUUUCUGUUGCUGUCACUUUUAAUGAUGUUUAAAAUAUUCAUUGGCUGAUUUUUUUUUUUUUUAAAUGAUUGCUUGUUCUGUGCAAAUUCAGCUGAUACAAUGUGCCUGGCAGCACAGACAAUAAUUCUACUUUUUGGACAUUUUUUUGAAAUGUUUCAGUUUAUGUUUCCAUAAAGCUGUGCACCAAUAAAAACAAGAAUGAUCACUUUUGCAUAGAACAGGGCUAUUCAUCUCCAGGUCCUGUGGGACUCUGUGUCCGCAGGUAUUUGCUCCAACCAUGCACUGCACCACCAGAUUUCACUAAUUAUUUUACCUCCUUGGUUCAGGAGGUAAGCUCAUUUGUGAAAUCUGGUGGUGUAGUGUAUGGUUGGAGCGAAUACUGCAGACACUGUGACCCACAGGACCUGGAGUUGAGUAUCGCUGGAAUAAUAAUGCAGGCACUACCACAGAUGCACAAAAUGUUUUUUUUUUAAUUUUUUAAAUAACUUUGAUGAUUAUAGAUUCAUAUCAGUGCAUAUAAAUUAGUAUGCAUCUUUUCUGUUAUUGCGAAAGAUUGUAUGCAUCACGUUAAUGUUUGAAAGAUUAGCCCACCACAUGAAGCUGAGCGUUGUGUCUGCCAGUUUAUUGAGUUUUGAUUCCUUGUUACGAUUCCUUGCCAUUCUCGCCUUGAAUGAUUUUUACCAUACAUUUUUACAUACUCCAGCUUAUACAAUGUAUUUCAAAAUAUACAUUCCUUAAAAUUAACAUAACAGGUAUUCUUAAAUAUCACUCUAAGGGAUUUACACACACAGUUUUCUGAGUAUGUCAUGUUUGUCAUUGAGCCACAAAUUUUAGAACAAAGUUUUUAAAAAAAGAAGCUGUCUUUAUGCCCCGUACACAGGAUCCUGUCAGAACAAACCUGAGCCUUGGAACUUUCCUGUCGAAUCUUGUCUGGAAAGAAAUAACUGGAUAACUAGCCCCUUCACAGUUCCUUUUAAAAGCCGAACACAAAUGUGCAUUUGCUGCUGAUGCUCAUGCGGACGGUCAGAGCCAACAUGCCAUCAUUUUCACAUCGGGCCAUUUUACCCGGCUUGGGUAAUGAUUUUCUGACAUCCUAUCGUGCAUAUUUGAUCCAGCAAGUCCCGAAUGUGCCAGAAUGUCAAUGUCAGCUGUCACUUACUCAGUUCUCCGGGGAGGUCGUUUAUCAAUCACGCUCCUGCGCGGAUUUGGGCGUUAGCCGUGCUCACAUUUACUUCCAUGCCAACUUGAGAUUUUAUCUAAUUUUAACCUGAUUUAAAAGUGCACAUCUCUGCGCGGAUUUCAGAUCAUGCAAAUGCACGACCAGUAGCUGAAAAGUCACAUUGCAAGCCGCAGAAAACGUUUUAUUCUUUCAAAACGAAUAAUAGGUUAGGUAUGUGUGAUUGGAAGGAAAACGCCUAUCAGGUUGGAUGUCACACAAUAAUACAUUUACAUAGUUAUGUAUUUAUUAUAUCUAUCACAUGCUUUCAAUCGUUGACUUGUAUGAAGCUAUCAAGGCUUAUCUGCAGAAAAGCACUAUGAUUUGUUUGUCAGUCACUGAUGACACAUGAUGACUCCGCCUAAUUUGGGGUUCGUGAAGCCUCAUUCACAGUUAUGUACGAACCCUGCUGAAGGUUCAUUGGAGAGAUGCUGACAUAUGUGUGGAUUUAUGUGUUUGGAGGGGAAAAAAAGGAACAUACUUAGAACCAUAUCAUAAAUUGUGUUCUAUGAUGGGAGUCUAUCCCAGGUGUUGUCAAACUGAAUAUUUCCGGGAAAAAACUGUGCGGUGUUUUACAAAUCUAUUUUAAUACACUUGACAUUUCGUUUGAACACAUUUUUUUACAUUAUUUUGCCAAUGAACAAAGGACAAAAAAUGUUUUGAGAUACUGAAUAUUACUGUUUGUCAUUUAUGUGUUCUGAUGUGACUUGCUGCACACAGUGUAAUUUCUUACAUUCGGUGGACUUUAAUUUGUCUUAUUUGCUGUGCGAAGGUGUAGCCCUGGGAGCUAACGAGGCUACACAGAGCAUUCGAGAGGAACAUUGGCUGGGGACUGUUGAAAAUGUUUUCUUUGUUGUGAACAAGGGAUUGUCUGAUGAUUAGAAUAUAUUCAGUAGGAAAAGUGUUUGUCUUACGUAUGGCACUGUAGUUUAUUUCUUCUUUACAACGCAUUAAAAAUUUCAUUGAUGAAAGUUGGUAAACUAGUAAUGACUGGGCUCACUUUUUUUGUAUUGUUACAAAGAUGGAAACAAUAAAUGACUUCUUGAAAUAUUA